CGCAUAAUUUAAAAAGAAAGAAAACACAUCAGAUGGAUGAUAAGCACCAGAGCGAGCGUUGAAAAACUGAUCAGACUCCAUUAUUUCUCCAACUAAAAAUUUAUUUCCUUCCAAUAAUUCUGUUCGAUAUAUUCUAGCUUGACUAUGAACUCAGAAGAGGCUCCUUCUUCUCCUGUUCGUUCUCCUUUGUCUUCUUCGCCUUCUAAUUCACCUCCUCACAACAAUUCAUCUUCUUCUGAUAUUAAUCCUCCAUCUGCUGAUCUGGAAUAUAAGUAUUGGGGGACAAAUGUAAUGGGUGUCCCUGUACCCCCUUCUGCUUGUGCCACCUAUGAUUCCAUUAAAGAUGUUGCUGCUAAGAUUCCAUUACCUCCUGUGACCAGCACCCUCGGAACUGUGUAUAACAAACUUAAUAACUUAGGCAUCAAGGACACUGUCACCGGCGUCUGGGGCAAUCUGAAAGUGGGGGAAUCUAUGAGGGAAUCGGCAAAGGGGAAAGUGAAGGUGAAGGCAAGAUCGAUAACCGAAGGUGGGAAAGAAACCUUUUACAAGCAUAACUUCACGACUUUCACCGACGAAAAACUCUUCAAGACUUUCGCUUGUUACCUGGAGACAAAAUCUUCAGGCCGAGUUGCGGGAACCUUAUAUCUUUCUGACAUUCAUGUGUCUUUCUGUAGCGAUCAGCCCUUACAGCUAGUCCAACCAAAUACCGGCGUUGAGUCUUGGUUAUAUUACAAGGUUCAAAUCGCAUUGAAUAAGUUAGUAGCCGUGAAACCAAUUGAGGUGACAAAAAAUAAGCAGCCAGAGAAGUCCAUCACACUCUCCACAAUAGAUGGUCAAGACUUUAAGCUGAUGGGUUUUGUCAAAUAUGAGAAAGCAUCAAAACAUCUCCUUAAUAGUAUGCACGAAGCUUCUCUUAAAUCCAAACGGCUUACUCAGUGAAACUUUUUUUUUUUUUAUCAUAUGUUAUGGAAUUUAGUUUGCUCCAUAGAUUGACAAAAUUGGCAUGUUAUGUAAUCACUUUUUUAAUUUCUUUGUGGAAUUCUCAUGCUACUCAUGUUCAACUAUAUAUAUUGCUCAUCACAUGGCUGCA